AUGCAAGAACAAUUUGAGCCGCUGAGGAAUGAUCUCCUAUUGAGAGCCGCGCGAGGCGAAAAGGUUGAGCGCCCGCCGAUAUGGGUUAUGCGACAGGCUGGUCGCUACCUCCCCGAGUACCACGAGGCCAAGGGCGGCCGAGACUUCUUCGAGUGCUGCCGUUCGCCAGAGGUCGCCUCGACCUUGACUCUUCAGCCCAUUGAACGCUACGAGGGCCUCAUAGAUGCGGCAAUCAUCUUCUCAGACAUUCUGGUCAUCCCCCAGGCUAUGGGAAUGAAGGUGGAAAUGGUGGAUAAGAAGGGCCCGCACUUCCCCGAGCCGCUCCAGUCGCCGACAGAUGGGCAAUACGAGCAGGUGAUGGCCAAAGAGGUGGAUGUGAAAUCCGAGUUGGAUUAUGUCUACAAGGCCAUCUCCCUGACACGCUUCAAGCUGAAGGGUCGCGUCCCGCUGAUCGGCUUUUGCGGUGCGCCGUGGACUCUGCUGUGCUACAUGGUUGAAGGUGGCGGCAGCAAGCUCUUUGUGCAGUCCAAGACAUGGGUCUACAAGUACCCGAAGGAGUCGCAGGCGUUGCUGCAAAAGAUUGCCGAGAUCUGUGUGGAGUACUUGGCUCUCCAGGUCGCGGCGGGUGCUCAGUUGGUGCAGGUUUUCGACUCGUGGGCCGGUGAGCUGUCUCCCAGCUCUUUCAAGUCCUUCUCGCUUCCCUACCUCCGUCACAUCUCUGCCAAUCUGCCUACGCGACUGCAGGAGAUGGGCCUGGAGCCUGUCCCCAUGACUGUGUUUGCUAAGGGUGCUUGGUACGGCCUGGAGGAUCUUUGCGAGUCUGGCUACAACGUUGUUGGUCUGGAUUGGCUGCAUGACCCUGCCGAUGCCAUGCGCAUUGCCAAUGGGCGAGUUACUAUUCAAGGUAACGCUGAUCCCGGUAUGCUGUAUGGUGGUCGUCCGGCCAUCACUGCUACUGUGGAGCAGAUGGUUGAGGGAUUCAAGAAGGGCAAGCAGGGCUGGAUCUGCAAUCUUGGACACGGUGUCACUCCCUUCGUGGAUCCGGAGCACCUCAAGUUCUUCUUUGAGGAAAUCCACCGUCUCACCGCGGCGUGA